UUUGCCUCACUCCUUCCUUUCGCUCCAUCACUUGUAGCAGGGCAGGCUGUGUGAGAGCAUCAUCCUCCUCUUCCUCCCCACUGGGUCCCGGCCGGCCCCUCCACUGUGGCAGCAAGGCGACCGCAGCGCAGCGCGCCGGAGCGGAGCCGGAGGAGAGGAGAGAAGCGAGCAGGAGAGACGGAGGAGUAAAGAAGGAGGACGGACACACUGUACCUCCGAUUUAUAGGAUUGUAAUUUGCAGCAUCCCGUCGCUUCAACAUGUUUUUGGGGUACAAAAGAGUCAUUGGGAUUACUGCGCUGCUCGGCUGGCUGCUGCUCGGCUCCUGUGGGACAGGUGGAGAAGAGGUAUGUGACAGCCCGCUGGUGGCCAAUCUGCCGCCAUCAUCGUUCAGAAGCUCCUCCCAGCUCACCAGCAGCCAUGGGCCGGUCUUUGCAAAGGUCAACAGGAGAGAAGGAGCUGGAGGCUGGUCCCCUCUCGUCUCGGACAGAUACCAGUGGUUGGAGGUGGAUCUGGGGAAGCGGACCCGGAUCACUGCUGUUGCUACGCAGGGACGCUACGGCAGCUCUGAUUGGCUAACGUCUUACCUGUUGAUGUUCAGCGACACAGGACACAACUGGAGACAACAUCGACAGGAAGACAGCCUAGAGGCUUUUCCAGGUAACAGUAAUGCAGACACUGUGGUCCAGUACAAACUCAAUCAACCGGUGAUAGCUCGCUUCCUCCGCCUGAUUCCUCUGGACUGGAACCCCACUGGGAGGAUUGGACUCAGACUGGAGAUAUACGGUUGUCGUUAUACCUCUGACGUGGCCUACUUUGACGGCAGCAGCAGCCUGCUCUACAGACGCAGCGUGAGGCCGAGCUGGACGGGGAUGGAGGUCGUUUCUCUGAAGUUCAAAACCCUGACGAAUUCUGGGACGCUGCUUCAUGCAGAGGGACAGAGAGAUUCCAGCCUCACUCUGGUGCUGGAGAAGGGACGGCUGCUGCUCUACCAUCAACAAGGUGUGAGUUCCUCCUCCAGUGGGCAGCUUCUUGUCUCUGUGGGCAGUCUGCUGGACGACCAGCACUGGCACCAUGUGAAGCUGGUGCGCCUCAGCACUCACCUCAACCUCACCGUGGACAAGAACACUCGUCAGGUUCACAUACCAGCCGAGCUCAGCCAUUGGGACAUUCAUCAGCUGAGUCUGGGAGCUGUCCAGAGCCAUGGCCUGCAGAAACCCAUUCUAUCCAACAGGAACUUCAAUGGCUGCCUGGAGAACUUUCUCUACAAUGACCUCAACCUGAUACACCUCGCUAAAAAGAAAAACCACCAGGUCUCUUUGCUGGGCAAUGUGACCUUUUCUUGUGCUGAGCAUGUGUCAGUCGCUGUGACGUUCACCGACUCCCAGAGCUUCCUGCAGGUGCCCGGCCUGACGUCGUGGUCUUCAGGGCUUUUCUCUGUGGCCCUGCAGUUUCGCACGUGGAACAAGGGAGGGCUUCUCUUGACCUUUGACCUCCCGCAGCAGCAGGGCACAGUGUGGCUGUACCUGAGUGAGGCUAGACUGCGCCUACAGAUCAAUAAAGCCGGCAGGGCCCGGCUGGAGCUCAGCGCAGGCUCAGGACUAAAUGAUGGUCAGUGGCAUUAUGUGGAGCUGAACUCAGAGCAAGGUUUUCUGAGCAUCACAGUGGACAAAAACGAAGGAGCCACCGCUCACACCCGCAUCCCACUUCCUCUAACCGCAGACAGUCAACUCUUCUUCGGUGGUUGCAGCAGCAGUCAGGAGUGUAGGAACCCCUUCAAAGUGUUUCAGGGCUGUAUGGGUCUGCUGACGCUGGAUAACCAGCCAGUUGAUCUGAUCAAAGUGCAACAAAGGAUGCUGGGAAACUACAGCCACCUGCAGAUUGAUAUGUGCGGCAUCAUCGACAGGAGUGACCCUCCCGAGCAUCCAUCGAGUGGUAAACACUGCGCAGGGAAGUCUCACAGGGAGGGCGUCAAGUGGAUUGUGUCAGUGGUCAACGUGGUGGGAGUUUGCCAUCAGCAGAGUAAAAGAAGUGUGCGAUUUGACAUGCCAGAUUGA